AUGGCAGGAUUGGUCUCCGUUGUGGGUUUGGUGGUGGCAGUCAAGACCUUUAUGGAUGCCUGUGGCUCAGGAACCAUGGUUCUGGGGUUUAUUUUGUUGAUGAACAUGAUAGCGGCAAACUCGCCUGUUGCAGAUGAGCGUCUAUUAUAUUCAACACACCAAACCAAGGGAUUUCUUGGAGAUGUUUCAAGUCCAACAAGGCCAUCAUUGUCACCUUCACCACCCUUCCUUACGAAUGCCUUAGAGAGCCAAGACACGCGUGUCCCUCAACAAGUCAUUCCUCAAUCCCACCAUGAAUCCUUCACUCCGAGUAAUCUCAAUGCAAAAGAAUCCCAGCCUCUUUCUACUCCGUCAUUACCUCCAUCUCAGCUGGCUUUGAGAUCAUUUCCACAAUUUGAGAAAGCGAAACUUUCCAUUGACUGGAAUGAGGCCCAGAUCAAAUCUGCCAAUCAAAAAACUCUCUUGCCAACUCCUUUAAUAUCUCAGAUGCAGCCCCAGUUAAAUGGAUCAAGGCCUUCUGCAUUUGAAAGGUCAACAGUGCCACAGCUUAGUUCUACAAAAGAAGCUCAAAAUGUUCAAGGCAGUGAGUCAACUGCUACAACAAUGACUAGAGUUCCUGGCGAACCCAUGAAUCCACUGGAUUUCAGUGACACUCCAUCAGACGAAGCUUACCAUUUAGAUCGUGUAGUAUUAUACCCUACAAUGGGUACAAUUCAGCAAGAGAACCAGCCCCGCCCAAGUGGCUCCACAAUGACAAAGAGUAAACCGAUGGAUAUUCUCCCCAACGCACAUGAGAUUCUAUCCCCAAGCUACUAUGUGCCUUUUAUCAGCCCUUAUCUUACUUCUGAACUGACGGAAGCUCCGCCAGAGGACUUCUACCCCACAAAUACCAUUGACUUUGACUGGGGGAGUGGAGAUUUUUUGGAGACAAUAGCAUUCUUAAAUCCUGAAGACGAUGACAACUCCUUGGUAACCAAGGUUCCCGACACAUAUGAUCAAGAGGACAAUAGAGAACAUUACAAUACAGCCUUUCCCUCCAGGGUCGGCACAUCCCUUUCAUCCUUGCAUCAUCUUAAUAGUGUAUUGCCAACUUCAAGCCUGAUGAUAGAAUAUUCCACACACUUACCUCUGACAUCAGUGGAUCACUCUUCUCUUUCUCCUGUUCAUACCACAAUAGGUCACAUACUGGAAGUUACUCCCACAAUUAGUACUGAGCUAAUAGAAUCAUCAGAAAGCAUGGAUUGGCAGGAUACUUAUAGCAUUCAACCCACUGAUGUCCUGUUACCUGACAUGAACAGCUUGGAGUAUUAUACCACACAGCUGACUAAGGAGAACUCUGGUUCAGUGAGAGAAGUUGAACAAAGAGGUAAUGUCACUUUGCUGUCCACCAGUUCUUUUGAUACCAGGCCUACCAGCAGCAUCAGCAAUCACAGAAGUGUGACUGAGCAGGACUUCGAUCAUGAUUUGUCUGGGUUUGAACCUCAGGGUAAAACAGUUAUCUUGGGAACAACAGAGAUUUUCAACAGCUCAAAGCCUUAUUUGCACCAUUCUGAUGUGACAACGCCGUUUCUUGAACCCUCUUCUUCGAUCUGGGCCACUCAUAUGUUAACCACAGAUUGGUUUUUAGGCACUCAUACUGUCAGCCCACACAGCUCUGUAGUUAUACGUCCCAGCCCUUUAGAUUUAUUACCAGAUGAUGUAGUCUCUACCUUGUCUCUGACAGACGUCCAGUGGUUUGUCACAGAGGUCCUAAACCCUACUUCAAUCCUUACUGCAACAGCUGCCUCCUCUGGUCCUACUGAGCACCUUCGUCCAUCAACUGAACAAGCAAUCAAUAUCACUUCAGGCUCAUCCAAUGCUACAGUGCUUCCUCCUGUUAUGUUGGGAGAUCAGGGAGUGACUAAAGAUGAAUUUGACAAUCCAGACACAAUGACCUUGAUUCCAACCAACAGUGACGCUAAUACAACUUCGCCCAACACCACAUUUCCAAAUGCCAGUGCAAGUUCCCAUCAAACAGUCAACGUUACCUCUGUCAUGGGUGGUGAGUGGCAGACUACAACUCUGACAUCUACACAGUACCUCUGCAACCCUGAGAAGCCUGAGUACUUAGUUAAAAUAGGUUUACCUUCUGGGGCCAAAGUUGAACACGUCACAUCUGAAGUGGAAGAGAUCCUGAAACGUGAAUUUAACAAAUCUGUGGCGUUACAGGUUGUAGAUCUACCACCAAAGUUUGUAUUUCGGGUUGUAUCUGAUCCAGUUGUGUACACAGCAAUAUCUGUCAUCAAUGCCUUACGGAGGUCAGGGCGGCACUUCCUGCCUCUGUCACCCCACUGGAUGACACAAGACAAUAAAUAUCAAGUUCACACAGUGCUACAGUUUGUUCCUGUUCAAGUUGACGUACGAUUUUGUAACUUCAGUGAACACAUUGAAAGAGGUUUGACCAUGGCUUUUACUGAAGUGUGUCUGCGCUCUAAGGUGUCGACCAAUUUCACAGUACAUAUUAUCAAUAUUACCAUGGCUGUUCCUAAAAACCAACAACAACUGGGGAGGUAUCCAGUGGACAUCACAUUUACUGUGCACAGCCCUCAAGGUUAUCUAUUGGGGUCAGAAGUCAGCACUGCUCUAAUGAAGCUCACCAAGGUGGAAUUCAGCUAUUAUAUGGGCUUUCCUGUUCAGCAGAUUGCUGAGCCCUUCCAUUAUCCAAAGUUGAACACAAGCCAGUUCCUUCGUUCCUCCUGGGUGAGAACAGUUCUCCUGGGAGUGCUGGAUAGUGAAGUCGGCCAGAGGACCUUUCAAGCAAACAUAGAGCGCAGGAUGGCCAUGUUACUUGGGGAGGCAAUGGGAUCGGUCAGACGUGUCAAGAGGGCAACUAAUGUUGGCAACAACAGCAUUCAGGUUGUGAGCGUGAACCGGCCUGUUGGUAUGGACAAUCCCUUGGAGGUUGUUUAUUUUGUGGAGCGCCCUGAUGGCCAAAGGGUCCCUGCUGUUGAAAUGGCCAGCAUUCUCAACAGUCUGGAUGUCCAAAAGGCUGCCAUCAUCUUGGGAUAUCGUGUUGAGGGUGUUUUAGCACAACCUGUAGAGAAGGUGCCAUCAUUACCUUCUGACACCGAGAACACCAACAUGUGGAUUAUCAUUGGAGUAGUGAUUCCUCUCCUGGUGGUCAUUAUCAUUAUUGCUAUCCUUUACCUAAAAUUGUGUCGGACAGACAAGCUGGAGUUCCAGCCAGAUGCCAUGACCUCCAUCCAGCAGAGGCAGAAGCUACAAGCCCCAAGUGUGAAAGGCUUCGACUUUGCCAAGCUGCAUCUUGGUCAACAGAAUAAAGAUGAUGUCAUAGUUGUCCAGGAAUCCAUCUCAGCGGCGCCUCUAAAUAUCUCAGAUAAAGAAGGCCCCAGUCCUUCCCAAAAUGGGGAUGUCCCUACCCCCAUAUCCAAAAACUCCGCCUCCUCCACCAAGGCAUCGCGCAGCUUUCGAAGACGAGAAAGGAUCUCGCCGUCAGACGGCGAUUCCAUGGUGAGUGACCGCUCCAGUGGGCGCGAGUCAACUGAGGAGAACCUGAGAGCCCAGGCCACUCCUAGUGACAGCAAGCAGACGCGUAAGAUCCCCAUCAAUGUUUUAAAUGGCAAAAAUAGAAUUGGUCCUCCUCCUGCAAAUGGUCUCAAUGAACAGAUGUCGUCCGCUUCCAUAUUUGAACAUGUUGAUCGGAUGUCGCGGGCCACAGAUGUUAGCCGAAGACUCCCCAACAAAGUGCAGCUUAUUGCCCUGCAGCCCAUGACUGUCCCACCCCUGCUGAGUCACACUGACACUGGAAAAUUGUCCGAAACCAGCAAAUUCAAUAAGGAGAUCCAAGUAGCAAUGAGACAGAAAUCAGAGAUGGAGCAUCAUCGGAACAAGAUCCGUCUGCGUGCCAAAAGGAAGGGCCACUAUGACUUUCCUGCAAUGGAUGACAUAGAUCUUGCAGGAGCCAAAGAGCAGGACCACAUUUACCAUAAAGCACAAAUGCAGAUGGAUAAGAUCUUGGAUCGAAAUGCUCAGAUUCCUUCAAUUUUCAAGGAACCCCAAAAAAGUGCACGAGGGAAGUCCUCUCCCAAACAGAAAAUGAAGGAUCCGUUAAACGGAGGUGGAAUGACAGAUGCGGACAAAGAUCAACUCAUCACUGAAGACUCAGAGGCUGUUUAUAGGAAGUGUCCUGGGGUUAACAAUGUGGCCUAUGUGUCAGAUGCUGACCAAGCCUCGGGCAUGCCCCAUAGAAGCCCAUCUCCCACAGAUGAAGUGUUCCUCGGUCCCGCUUGCUCACCUCCCGGACAUGCCCCUCCCCCACCACCUUACAUGCCUCCGCAGCCCUCCAUCGAGGAGGCGCGGCAGCAGAUGCAUUCACUACUAGAUGACGCUUUCGCCCUCGUGUCGCCAACUUCACAGGGCAGUUCAGCUGGUGUGACGCUGCCAGGGGUCAUCGCCAAUUCUUCUGACUCAAGACUUUGGGGCCCCUCCUAUCAAGGUCUUGGUCCUUACACUGGUAGAUUCAGCAACCUGAGUGUGUCUCCUCCUCUAGUCCAAGGCUUAAUAUCAAGGCAGGAUCGCGCUUUAAGCUAUCUUCCCCCAGGAGAGAUGGCAGUGCCUGGGGAGCAGCUCGACGGUCUUUACCCCAGCAGAGGCCUUUACACUGACGAGCUGCCAACGUCAGCUCGGCCGCGGCCAGUAGGGGGCACUACUGGCGCCCAACUUCAUCAUCUUACACAAGUGGGCCUGUCUGGUCGAAUGAACGGCUAUCCCGCUGGGGUGAGAGGUUAUCCGGGACUGAAUGGAAACAUCAGCUGGAACGACUACCACGAGGAACCUUAUUGCGGAGCCUUACCAGAUAACAGUGUAAUGGCCAGAAGUGACCUCCGGGAGCUGUCAGCUCCUCCCGCCCACCCCGACCUUGGAGCAGGCUAUCUGUCAGCCCCUCUCACACUGGACGUGAGCCCUCCCACCCAAUCCUCAGCCUCCUUGAUUAAGGCCAUCCGCGAGGAGCUUUUACGCCUGUCACAGAAACAGGGGUUCCAUAGCUGA